AUGGCCGACUGGGAAAAGAUGACGACCGACACAACCGAUUCGCUGCGGUCCGUCGAGAGCAGCAGCUCGCUCGGCUACAACAGCCAGCUUGUCGUCGACCCCCUGAGGACCUACAAAUGGCCGCCGUGGCAGCUCAACUUUUGGAUAUUCGCCAUGCUUCUCGCCUCGACGAGCAUCAUGGCCGUCUUUUCCCUCUUCGUCCAGAUGCAGUACCGACUGCUCCUGCCGGUGCCUUGGUACUUUCCCUACUGCAUCGUCGUCAGCAUCGUCGCCAUCGCCUUCCUCGUCUGCAUCUUCUGCCUCAUCGCCCACCGCCGCCUGCUGCCGGCCAUUGUCAUGAGCGGCGCCUUUGUCCUCUUCGUCCUGUGGAUGGUCGGCCUCGUCGCCGUCUCGAUGCAGCUAUGGGGUCCCAACGGGUCCGUCCAUGGCAACUGCAGCCUGCAGGUCUUCAACCGGAGCCCGACGGGCAUGUCGCAGGAUACCUUGGCCUGGAUGCAGCAGAAAAACAUAUGCCAGUCGUGGUAUCUCGUCUUUUUCAUGUCGCUCGCCGGCGCCAUGUCUCUCGUCUGGGUCAUGGUCAUGGCCUAUCAGGUGUAUACGAGCUCGUAG